AUGUUGUGUUCAAUGAGGCUGCCCUACGUUCUUCGUCGCGCUGGGACGACGGGGGCCCGAAUCACAUUCGCGAAUUACCCUGCCCUUCGUCCUGCUAUCGCCCAUUUCUCUUCUUCCAAAAGCCGGCGUCUUCCUGAGACGGCCAAUGCGCCAACCUCGAAAACAACAAAAUAUACUACCGAUGCAUACCCAAACCUGAAACGAAACCCGAAUUUUGCCCAAUUGACCGGAGAACAUAUUCAGUAUUUCAAGGAGCUUCUGGGAGAUGGUUCAGCUGUUGUGGAUGGAGUAACGGCCGAUGCAAUGGACGAUAUCGAACCCUUCAACCAUGACUGGAUGAAAAAGUACAGAGGCCACACAAAACUAGUGCUGAGACCAAAGACGACAGGAGAAGUGAGCAAGAUACUGCAAUACUGUAAUUCUCAGAAGCUCGCCGUCGUGCCCCAGGGUGGAAAUACUGGCCUGGUCGGAGGAUCGGUCCCUGUUUUCGAUGAGAUUGUUGUGAACCUCUCUCGCAUGAACAACAUUCGAUCUUUUGACGAGAAUUCGGGAGUCUUGGCUGUAGAUGCUGGCGUAAUUCUAGAGGUUGCUGAUAACUACCUGGCUGAGAGAAAGCACAUAUUCCCUCUGGACCUAGGCGCGAAGGGUUCAUGUCAGAUUGGAGGCAACGUUGCAACGAACGCUGGAGGUCUACGUUUACUACGAUAUGGAAGUUUACAUGGAAACGUCCUUGGAAUUGAGGCGGUAUUGCCUGAUGGGACUAUAAUGGAGGAUAUGUCCCUGCUGAGGAAGAAUAACACUGGAUACGAUCUAAAACAACUGUUCAUCGGAGGCGAAGGGACAAUAGGAAUCAUAACCGGAGUUUCGAUAAUAUGUCCUCAACGACCAAAGGCAACCAACGUCGCUUUCUUUGGGCUAGAAAGCUUUGAACAUGUUCGCAAGGCCUUUCUGGAAGCCAAGGGCCAGCUAUCGGAAAUCCUGUCUGCCUUCGAGCUGAUGGACGGACAAAGUCAAAAAAUCGUCCGUCAGGUUACGGGUUUAAAACACCCGCUUGAAGGGUCAUAUCCGUUUUACUGCUUGGUUGAGACAAGUGGUUCGAAUGGCGAACACGACAACGCAAAACUCGAGUCAUUCUUGGAGCAUGUCAUGGGAGAGAGUAUUGUUGCAGAUGGUGUGCUGGCCCAAGAUGAGUCCCAAGCACAAGCUCUAUGGCGCUGGAGAGAAGGUGUCACAGAGUCGCUCAGUCAUCUUGGUGGCACGUACAAGUACGACGUGUCGAUACCACUAGCAGAGUUGUACCAGCUUGUCGAUGACACGCGAGACCGUCUUUCAAAAGCCGGUCUCAUUGGAAACGAUGACAGCUUUCCGGUUCACGAGGUUGUUGGUUAUGGACACAUGGGUGAUUCCAAUCUUCAUCUGAAUGUUGCUGUGCGCCAGUAUAGCAAGGAAGUCGAGAAGGCCAUCGAACCCUGGGUGUAUGAAUGGAUAGCGAAGCGCAAUGGCAGUAUAAGCGCAGAACAUGGUCUUGGGAUAGCAAAGAAGGAAUAUAUUGGCUAUAGUAAGAAUGACUCGAUGGUAAAAUUAAUGCAACAGCUCAAGAAGCUCUACGACCCGAACGGGAUAAUGAACCCAUAUAAAUAUAUAUAG